AUGGAUACGCAAUUGGCACGGCCCUUGCAAGCCUCAAAUUUUUUCUCGCGAUGUGAGGUGCCAGUAUGCACCCAGUAUGCAUUCGAUCCCUACAAUCCACCAACAAACGGUGGAAAAUUGUACGAACGCACACGUAUUAAGACCCUAGCAGAGGAGCGUGAAAGAAUUCAAAAGAAAACGUUUACAAAGUGGUCAAAUGCCUAUUUGAGGAAUGAUCAGCAAAUGAUUGAGGAUCUUUUUACGGAUCUUUGUGAUGGUCGAAUCCUUCUCAAACUUAUUGAACGUGUAUCUGGCUACAAACUGCCUACACCGACACCUGGUAGAAUGCGGAUUCAUUGUUUGGAAAAUGUUGAGAAAUCACUCGCGUUUCUGGAUAAAUUAAACGUUCACCUUGAAAAUAUAGGAGCACACGACAUUGUUGAUGGCAAUAAUCGAAUCAUUCUUGGUUUAAUCUGGACCAUAAUUUUACGCUUUCAAGUUCAAAACAUCUCUGUUGUCGAAAAGGUUAGACAUGUCGGUUAUGAGGACCCGAUUGGUCUUCGUCGAAAUUCCACUGAAGCUCUUUUGCUUUGGUGCAAAGCUAAAACGCAGGCUUACUCUAAUGUUUCAGUGACUAAUUUUACAACUAGCUGGCGUGAUGGACUUGCUUUUAAUGCACUAAUACACAAACAUCGCCCCGAUUUAAUUGAUUUCACCUCUCUUUCACCGGACGAACCAUUGCGCAAUUUACAUAUCGCUUUUACAACCGCUGAACGCUGUCUUGGAAUUCCUAAGCUACUAGACCCCGAAGACAUCGUUGUUGAGGAACCGGAGGAAAAAUCUAUUAUUACUUAUCUGGUAUCUUACUAUCACUACUUUGCUCGAGAAAAGGCUAACACUGUGCACGCACGUCGUAUCGAACGAGUCAUUAAUCUUUUGAAACGUUUUAUAAACGAUGUCAAGGAUUACGAAGUAACCGCUGAUAAGCUGAUGAGGUGGAUCCAUGAAAGUACCUUACGCAUGAAUGAUGCAAGUCUUCAAGGCAAUUUGGAGGGUCUCCAGCGCCAACUGUUUGAAUUGAACCAAUUCCGUAACCAAGAGAAGCCACUCCAUUUCUACGAGAAAGGCGAACUGGAAGUGGCUUUUUUUGUAAUUAGGAAUAAAAUGCUUGCAGCUGGUAUGCGUGUUUAUAUUCCUCCAAAACAACUGCGAAUCUCAGAGGUAAAUAAGGCAUGGGAAGUGCUGGAACAGUGCGAAUACCAGCGCUGGCUGAAUUUGAAUGAUGAAUUGAGAAGGCAAGAAAUGCUUGAUCAGCUUUUUCUUAAGUUUGAGACAAAGUGCACAAUGAGAGAGACGUGGUUGUUUGAGAACCAGCAAAUUGUUGAGCAGGAGUUGGUUGGAUCAACUCAGUAUGCUCUUCAGAUUGCCUUAAAAAAGCAUGAAGCUUUCGAAGCUGAUGUGUUUGCCUAUGAGGAUCGGAUUAAAAUGCUUGUUGAGAUAGCGAAUGAAUUGAGACGCUCUCGAUACUUCCAAGACCAUAGAGUUCAGUCUCGUUCCCAACACGUGACAAAUCAGUGGAGGGUUCUCCUGGAAACGAUUAAAAGUCGUCGUUUAUUUAUUCAACAAAGAAUCAUUUGUAGAGAACGCGAUACGGAAUUUGAUUAUCUGAUGAAGGUUGCCGCAGAAUUGAGGAAUAGAAUAGAUGGAAUCGAUUCUGGCAGCAAUUUUGAGCAAACGCAGUACGCUCUUAUGAAAAUGGAGGCGACUGAUAAUGAAAUAAAAAUAUUGUGUAUACAAGUGGAUAAUCUUUUGGCCAAACAUCGAGGUGGCCACGUCGAGGAGCUGGAAAAGGAGUGGUUUAGUGUGGCAGAUCAGAUCAUGGUAUCAGCAGAGGAAAAGAGACGUGAAGUCGAAUUGGUGGAUCAGCAACAGCACCUAUUGCCUGAGAUUCCCCGUUACAAAAACUACGUACUAAGCAGGAUGCGUUUCCUUGAAGCAUUGGAGUUUCAGCUUUCAUACGAAGCAGCUAAUCGGAUUCACAGACAGGUUAGGUAUAUUGAAGAUGACAUGGCUACGAAUCAAAAUUGCGUGAAUUUGAUUGAGGAGCUUUUAGAAGGAUCAAAGUGUGACUACCAAAACUAUGAACUCAUUGCAUUGUGGCGACUACUUAGUCAAAUUCUUAGCUCCCUUAAAGUCAAAACUGUAUUCGUUGGCGAUAUUCUCUUCCUAAAUGGUGAAUUCGAUGACGCCGAAAAUUGGAUCGCGGAAAAAACAAAGAUAGUGGAGUUAGAAGAUGGCCCAGUCGAGUCUUCGGUGCGUCUUAAUCAAAAGUUGUUAGAGGAAGUUGAGGUCUACCUUCACGUAAUCGAACACAUCAAUGAGAAGGCAAUGACGCUCAAGGAGAGCUGCAAGGAUUUUGACAUUUUACCAAACGAUUUUACUGAAAAUUUUAAUGCGAAGGCUCUCAUUCAAAGCUUUUUCAAAGUUAAGAAGGAAAUCGAGCACAUACUUGUGGAGAAACCUGAAAGUGUACUUCGCUCGUAUUUAACCCUUGUGGACAAAGUCAAAAAGAAACAAGCUUUUCUAAUAGAUGCACUUUCUAUUCAGCUAUUUAUGCACAAUUCGAAUCAAGCUCGAGCUUGGAUAACUGAUAAAUCCUCACUUCUUGCCCGGCUAAAAGAAGCUAACCUUAAUGUUAUUUGUGGAAAAGGUGUUUCCACCAGCUUGCGGGAGGAAUUCGAUUUUGUCGAACGUCGAUUUGAAGAGAUUGAAAACCAAAUGAGCGAUAUGGCUGAAAAGGUGGCAAAUAUUAAUAAAACGGCUACCAAUAUCAUUGAUGCUGCAGCAAUUGAACAGGCUUCAGAUGCCAAAGCUGUGCUGUCUCAAGUGACAGAGGCAAGGAACCAGCUAAAUGACGCAUGGAAUCACCUUGCAGAUCGGGUGGAAGAUUGCCGGUACAGGUUGAACUUGGACCAUAAUUUCCUCUGUCUAUGCCAGGAUUGCUUCUAUACUAAUGAAUGGAUUAAGGAGAAGUUGGCCGCUCUCAAUCAACACAACUGGACCUACAUUCCUUCUGUGUCACAUUUCUCACGAUUGAAAAUGUUUUUGAAAUCAUUAAAGUCGGAUGCAAAAGUGAUUCGAGCAAAAGUUGACAACAUCGGUGAACGGAUUACGGACUCCUGUCAGAUCUCUGACGGUCUCUCAAAAGAGAGAAGGAGUUGGUUAUUCAAGGAGCAUGAUGCGCUCUCCGGAAAGCUAGCAGGGCUUGAUCGACAAUUAGACCAGUGCGAAAGCUUGCUGACAUUACAUGGUGGGCACCUACAGUCGGCGCAAUCACUAGGAGAGUUUCUACAGUGGGUUUUCCAUUUAAAAGACAAGAACUCUUGCAUUUCAAUUCCUUCGAAUCUUGAGGAGGUACGUGCUUCAGUGUGUUCACGAGAACAGGAUCUACAGGAACUGCUAACCGCUGAGAAACGCCUGGAGAAGCUUUUGGGAGACUACGAAAAAGUCCAUCAUUUGGUGGACACCGAAUCGCCUGUCAAAGAACCCCGUGUCAAUCCGGUGCAGGUUAUUGAGGAAUACGCCGAAACGUGCGAUCUGGUUCGGAAAAAUAUUAACAAUCUAAACCAAAGCAUCGCAAUCCAGGAUUUAUUCGCUGAACUUGGAGGGCUGGAGGCUGCAGUGUAUCAGCAAGAUGCCUACUUGAACCAGGAAUGCCAACUGGAGUCUCUUGAAGCAGUGGAAAGCGCACUAAAAUGUCAUGAGGCGUUUGUCGCCUCAAUGCUUGCCUGCUGCAACCGAUUCAAUGCACUCGAGCGCAAAGGUCGAGACUUACUUACCGGUGAUCACGGCAAUGAAGACCGCUUCUUCUCCAGAACAAAUAAUCUGCGCCAAAGAUUAGAGCAAAACAAGAAGAAGGCCUAUGAAUGUGAACGGCAUUUGAAAGAAAAUUUGCGCCUGCAAGAGCUGCUGAAUGAUUUCGCCGACAUCGAGGACUGGAUGUCAGAAAAGCUGGUGGCAUUGAAUCAAGUGACGCUAACCUCGAAGCGCGACGUCUCGAACGCCUACGGCCAGGUGAAGGCGCUGCAGGAGGAGAUAGAGGCUAGUCGGGAGCGUGCGGAGGGUAUCAUCGAGACUGGAAAACAGCUCAUUGAUUCUUGUCCCAGCGUCAGUCGCGUCGUUUCUGUGAGCAUCGACACCAUGUACGUGCACUGGGAAGCCCUGCUAAGGGAACUUCACAAACAAAUGCUGAGUCUGGAGGAAUUACACAGAGGCAAGUUUUGUUCUUCGUUUGCAGAAUACCUGUUGAAUGGGACGGUGCAAGAAUUGUUACAAUGGGCCGAAAAACUGCUUCCCAAAGUGAAAACAGAUAUUGAGGAUUCCAGCUUAGCAAUUGCAGGUCUAACAGAGCUUCAACAGCUGUUGGACUCCCACCAGAGAGACUGUCAAGGUUUUUCGAACUACUCCGAAAUGGCAGCUGAGCACACGGAUUCACUGUCGCAGCGGCAUCCUGACCGCGCUGCCGAUCUCGCUGCUGUAAAUACGGAGGUGGACAAGCAGUUGUGUGCUGUGAGCGCAGCCUUAACACAGCGCGAAGACCUCCUGAAUCUACACAUCACGGUUGCCAGUCACCUGCUCGAUCUGAACUCGGAGCUUCUCUGGGUGAAGGAUAAGUUGGUGCAGAUCCGCCAGCCAUUCAACGACUGGACGCCUCAGGACAGGUGGUCCGUUGGCAAACAUCUGCUUCGCGUGCAGCAAGAGAACCGGCGAUUGAUGAAUCACAUAGCAGAAGUGGAAAAUCGUGGACCUAGAGUGAAGGCUCUUUGUCUUAGGGUGAAGGAAACGUAUUUGGGUAAAAGUGAAGGUGCCGCCGAAAGAGUUGGAAGUUUCCGCGAAGUUCUGGGUGAGUUGGAACAGGCCUGGUAUACGGUCACUCAUCUGCUCGAGGUUCGACGAGAAGAACUACGGUUGGCUGAGGCCAUUCACAAAUUCUUCUUUGAUGCUGUCAAUAUGGAGGCCUGGAUAUCCGAACGGGAGCUCUACUUGCAAAGCAUCUGCGAGCCCACCAGCAUUGAGGAGGCCAACCGAUCCCUACGUCAAUUGAAUGUGCUACAUGAAACUGUCAAGCAUUGGUCUAACGAAGUCACCAGAACUCACCGCCGGGGGAACGAGUUGUGUACCCAACUUUCCUCGGGCGUGCAAAUAAAUGGCAAUUACGUGAGCGCUCCACCAGGAGCCAAGUCUGCGGUUGCCAACGCAAUCUCGCGGCUUGUGAAUGACUUCGCGCUUCUCGAGAACAGCGUACUAGACUGCCGAAAGGAUCUGGUUGAGUCUAUCAGCCUGCACGAUCUAAUGCAAGAUGUCAACGAUCUUGAGGACUGGAUAGCUGAGCGGCAAAAGACCGCCAAAGACCCGAAUGUGGGCGCUGACUUGGAGCAAACGUUUAAUCUCAAGGAUCGUUUCGACCAAUUCUCCAAGUGCACACGGAAGGAGGGCGAACGUCGUGUAAAGAUGAUGCUCUUUCGCAUCGACCAAAUUAUCGCCAAAGGUCACAAAAACCGUUCUGAGAUUGCGCUUGCCAAGGACGGCCUUAACGAGGACUGGGCUGACCUGCUUGAAAUGAUCACCACCAGAGGGCAGCUACUGAAAUCUGCCCUCACGCUCCACCGAUUUUUCUCCGACGCUCAGUACCUCGAGAAGCAGAUCGAGGAGUUCUAUCAAUUCCUGCCAGAGGAGCCCACUGUGGAGAUGGUGACGGACCAGUUGGCCUCAGCAGGAGGUCACGGCGGUGGGAUCGCGAGCCUACGACGGCGGCAGGCUGGGGUGCAGCAGAGACUCGCUCACCUCAACUCGAGCUGCGCUGCCCUCGCCGCCACUGCGGUCGCCCUUCUGCCCACCUACUCAGGCGAGGAGGAGAUACGUCUGAGCUUGCGCCGCGACUGCGUCCUACGUGCUGCUCAGGACCUCGCCGCUACCGCUGAGGCGCGUGCCCAGCAGCUGGAGGAGGCGCAACACUUCCACCGUUUCUUUUCCACCGCGCACAACCUCCUCUCCUGGUUUGCUGAGGCUAAGAACAAAAUGAGCCAGCUUAAUGGCCUGAGCCGAACAAUACACGGUGUGGAACGUCUUAUCGCAGAGCACCGCCAGUUGUACGCAGAACUGAGGAUUAAGGUAGAGCAGGUGGAGGAGUGUCUGGAUGUAGGGCGCACGAUCUUGGGUAUCGGGAGUCAUUCAGUUACGGACGAAGCCGUUGCGCCCUCGACGAGUCAUCUACACGCGGUAUUGACGGCACCUCAGGGUGAGGUGCGAGAGGCGUGCGUGGCGCUAGCGACGGAGCAUAUCCUCAUAGAGGCACUAUGGCGCGAGCGGUGGGAGCGACUGGGAAUGCUGCUUGACGUGCGCUACUACCUGCGUGACGCGGCGGCUGCGGAGUCAUGGCUGGUUAGCCGCGAAGUCUACCUCGUCUCGGUGCGACGCAACAUAGGUGAGACGUUGGCGGAGACGCUUGCCCUGCUCGGCGCACAUUACGCCUUUGAGCGGGCCUGCGCCUCAGCCGAGGAGAGGUUCGCCGCUCUCAAGCAACUCACCAAGAUGGAAAUUCAUUCUCUGGAGUGGAAACCCGAAGACGCAAGUCGCCACGAAAAGCAAAGGCGUGAUAAUAUUCGGCGUGCAAUACACGAGUUCCUUCCGCCCUCAAACUGUUCUACCAGACUGCCCCCGCAGGCUCCACAGCCUAUGCCCAGCGGGAGUCAACCCGUCCAAGCCGCAGUCACAUCAAAAGAACCGUGCCCACCCAAGCCAAACCCAGCAGUAACCCAAUCUAUGGUUGCUCAAAGUGCAUGCACAUUUUCACCGCCAGCGCUCUUCGAAAGAGCCACGGAAGUCACAAGGACAGUGCAAAUUCCACAAAAACGCACAUCCAGAGCCUCUCUUUCGGCGAUGGCGGUCCCAAAGUCAACGCUUGAACGUCAGGAAGAGCCGCCACAACCCCUUCCAUCAACUAGCUCGGCUGAUAUCUUCUUCCCUCGAAGGGCGCGCGUUACUCCAUCAAAAAAUCCGUCUGAUGAGCCAGUCACAUCCACAACGCCCUUUGAGGAGGCUGAGGAGGGAAAGACUCUCGAAACAACUUCCAGUACCAGGCCUCAAGGAAGUUUUCCCAGCACUUCGGUGAACACACCACCAUCGGGAGCACAUGCAGAAGUUGCGGAACCAGAGGCUACACUACUGGCAUCCACGGAGGAGCUGCCGCGCGUUGAGGGACCGUUGAUUCGAAAAUGGGAAUUGGAGGCCGGAGGAAUACGCCACAGCCGAGGCCGUGGCUGGACAUCCAUCUACGUGACUCUGAUGGAUGGCAAGUUGACCUUCUACAGAGAUCGGCGCACGCGUCGUGAGCAGGUGGGAGAAACGUUUCAUGGCGAAGCCCCGAUGGAAUUAGGUGGCGCGAUUGCUGUUCCGGCUCUGGACUACACAAAGCGACCCUUCGUGUUCCGCCUCAGACUUUUUACUGGUGCAGAAUACCUUUUUCAGGCUGUAAGUGCUGAAGUGCUUCAACGCUGGAUCGAUGUCAUCAAUGAGUCAGCCAGCAGGCUGAGUCAGCGAGGACCCAGAAACCCUCAUGAAAGGGCUCAUUCUCUUCCACCCCCAUCUCGUCACUCGAGAACAUCUUCUGCUGCAUCUAGUCAGGUGGAAGGACCUCAUAAACGCCGUCAUAGCUCUCUUCGGCGCAUCCUUAAACGAACCUGA